CAACUAGCUAAAUUAUUAAUCGUGUGAAAACCAAGUUGACAUGAAAUUUCUCAAGAUCAAGUGUGAAAUUGUAAAUGCUGAAGUCCAACCAGUGAAAAGAUAUUGUCCAUUCAAAUGCUGAAUCAUGGUGUCAGUUUAUACAGCCUUAUUUCUACCUGAAUACUGCUCAUCAUAAUUAUGAAUAUUUUUGUGAUUGGAUAUUUCACAAAAAUUUUCGAUUGGGAUCACGCAAUGGACUUGAAAUUUCGUUAGAGUUCAUUCGAGCAAAAUAUUGACAAUAAAAAUUACAAAUCGAGUUAUCUCGAAAAUUUUAUUCAAGUCAAGUGUACAAGUGGAUAUUAUUAUUUAGGAAAUACAAUAAUUUAUUCAAUCAUCAAAAUUUUUACGUAUCUAAUUACAUAAACCGAGGAUUAUAAUCAUGUCUGAAUAUUAUGAAGCUGACAAUUCAUGUGUACGUUGUGUACGUAGUUCACCAAUUGCAUCUUUAGUUGGUUUCAUCAUUGUAUUAUUGGGUGGUGGUGCUUUUGGCGGAGCGAUCAUUUUUGCAAGGCGUUAUUUAAUUACACUUUUGAAUGCUCCCAAUCUAUUCCCAUACUUGGACUAUGCUACUUAUGGUUUAGUCGGAGCAAUAGGAUUAUUUUCAUUGUUAGCCUACUUACUAUGUGCUCUAUCUUCCGGUUGGAAUGCAAAACACUAUUUUGAAAGUAGCCGAAAAGCAUGCUGUGGAAGAUGUUGUAAUAUGACCCUGAUCAUACUUUUAGUAACAGCAAUUAUAUUAUGGUCAGCUAUUGCAUGUCUAGUUAGUUAUCCAGUCGUCAGUAUUGCACUUUUGUUAUAUCGAAAUGACGGACCGAAUAGAUUACGACUAGCCUCGGUGGAACAAUUAAACGCAGCUUUUCAUGAUAAUCAAGUGAAUUUUCUUGAUCCAAGCAAUAGUUAUACACGUGAAAUGUUAACUUUUAAAAGUAAAACACUUAAACGACGUGACACGGAAGAAUGGUUUUCUAGUCAUCCUAGUGAUUUGGAUAAUACAGCUGAAAAUGCCAUGGCUACAACAAAUGAUCAUCUUCAAACAGAUUCAUUUAAUUUCAGUAAAGAUUUAACAGCUACAGCAGCUAGUCCAAAAAUGGUUGAUCAACCACCGCCUGUAAUUAGUUCAUUUGACAAUAAACAAUUAUCUUCGAAAAUUUUAUCAGAAAACAAUUUAAAACAAUCAAUCAAUAGUGCACUUAGUGUUUCCGAGUCAAUCAAAUUAUUUUAUCAAUGUAGUCAAGAGACAUUGGAUUUAUCUUAUUAUGGUCUAUACGAUGCCAAUGGUCUGCCGAUACAUAUUCCACGUGCUAAUUUUCCUGAAAGAAUCCGUGAUAUUUUGGUCUGUGUAAUUCUUGCUAUCGCUGGUGUAUUCCUACUACUAUUCGGUUAUAUACAAAUAAUUAUUUGCACCGCAAUGAAUUAUGCUCGAAUGCAAGAGGCCAGAUAUUAUGAAACAUCGGAUAUCGGUGAAGAAGGCAUGGCUCUACAACAAUAAAUGUGUUUUUCUUCCGUAACAUUAUUAUACAAUUCCAAUUAAUCGUAAUUUCACAGUCGAAAUAUCUUCUACUCUUCAUAUAUAUAAAUAUAUAUACAUAUAUACAAUUAUGUACAACAGUAUAAGUGAAUACACACACACACAUAGGAAAUUUUGGAAAUUCGGACAUUGUAUAUUUAUUCAAAUAAAAUUAGUAUUCAUUUCAAAGUAUUUAUUGCACAAUAACGCCACAAACACUUCCAAAAGGCAGUUUACCAAAAAAUAAAGUAUUACACAUAUGUUUUCGAACAAUAAUAAUAAUAAUAAUAAUAAUAAUCUUUUUUUAUCACUCAUUCAAGUGAUAUCCUGUUAUUUUCAUUCAGUUUUAUCCUUUUUCAUUCGUAAAUUCAUCAUCUUUAUUCACACGUUGUUGUUUGUUUUUUCCCAAUGAUUGUGUUGUCGCUUGAGUUUUUUCUUUUUUUUGACAAACGUCCAAUUGACGACAGCAAAACAAAAAAAACCCUUUUAUUUAUCAUCUUUUUUUUCUGUGCCCUUUUCAUUACUUCCCCGAUUUCAUUUUAUUGUGUCCUUCAUCAUUCUUCGAAUAAAAAAAACAAACAUAUUUUUAAGUUUUUUCGAAAAGAUACACGAUCCAUUUUGAAUUGUUUCAAUUUCAAUUUUUAAUUUUAUCUCAAUGAAAAUCAAUAAGAGAAUAAAUAUUUUAAUGAUGAUAACUGAAUUUUCAAAAUAAUUGCAUUUCCACUUUUUUCUUUUUUCGUAAUAACUCAAACUGUGUUGUUUUGCUUUAUUUUUGUUGAUUUAAAUAGUCAAUAAUAAUAAUAAUAGUACAGUAGCGGACACAUGCACAUAAAGCUUCCUUUAAAUAUAACGUUGAUAUAUAUUUUUAUAUAUAGUAAACAUCUGUUUUAUUUUAUACCUCUUUCCCUCUCUCUCUCACUCUCUUGCUCUCUCUCUCUCUCAGUGUGUUACUCAUUCAUUGACGCGCACAAUUGGUUGACGACAAUUCGUAAUUACAUAAUUUGUGUCGAUCAUUAAUGCGUGAAUUUUCAUGAUCUACAGUUUUUUGCUUUUGCUUUUGCUUUUACAUUAUUUUGGCAUACAAACUAAUCAUACUUAACCGAUGAAUGUUUAAUCAUUGAUUUAACUUUGAUGAUGGAAUUAAAAAAUAUGCAUGAAGUUUUACUUUAUACCAACCAUUUGUCAUUCCUUUUUUUCUGUGGUUUUUUUAAAUCUGUUUGUUUUAAUGAAUCAUUUUUUUUUCAUAAAUUUCUCUUGUUUUUUUUAUAAGAAUAUUAUUACUACCAAGCAUAACAAUAAUAAUAAUAAUGAUAAGUAACA